GGCACAAGCGGAAGAUGAAUCAGUAGAGGAUGCUGCUGAGCUGCUAGCUGCUGCUUGCUGCUUCUUCUUCCCGGAGGAUUUGAGUCUCGGAACAGAAGACACUCACAUACAGACAGCAUUGUUGAUUGAUCGAUAGAUUCAGUGGUGCACUAGUGGAUUGGCUGGUUGGUUGGUCCAUUGGUUGGUUGGUUGGCCCUUUUGGUUGAUUGCUGGAUUGAUCGCGACGAUCGGCCUCGGGCGUCGAGGCGAUCGCCUUGCCCGUUCUCUCCUCUUUGUCGCCGAAGAAGCGCAGCGCGGAGAGGAUCCGAGAUCUCGAUCGUCCGUCAUCAACUCGCCCAGCCGACUCCCACAACGACGACGAGGAGAAGAAGUCGGAGAGGAUUCGCCAGAGACAGCUAAGGACCCACGCACACUCGGGAGGAGGAGUAGCCAUCGAGUCUCGUGUGCGUUGGCGUCACAGCGUGGUUGAGAUCCAGGAAGGAAGUCCGUGUAGGCUCCCAGGAAAGAAGGAAUUCGCAAAAAACCGGAUAAGUGGAACAGAUUAUUCGUGGGUUCCACGUACUGUACUAGUGUUUGAAGGAGGAGUUGCGCUCGUUACAAGUUUGAGGUCGUGCACGUGAUUCGUUUGAAGGUCCUGGUGGUGGCGGGCAACACCUCAUCGUCGCCUGGUCGUAGCGUAAUUGGUGCUUUCGUCGUCCAGUGUUCGGGUCCCGUUUCUGGAGUACAAUUGCUGUUUCUGCGAAGCUGCCAGCCCUGCAACACAAUGCAGGGCGGUCGUUAGCCAAUCUUCUGGUACCUCUUCUCGUAUGAGGAAGUACCGGAUGGAUUUUCACCAAACACGAUGGGAUUCUAAAGGAAGUUUCCAUUUCUUCUUUGAAUCCUAGACCGUAGUUGUUUCUCCCUAUUUGACGACUAAAAUACUGGACUUAGACGCGCUUUUUUUCUGACCUUGGAGGCGAUUUGACAGAGGAUUAAUAGAAGCCCAAUCGAGUUUCGUAUACCUGAUUGACGAUUCUUGACCCCAGCCCGCGAAUUUGCCUUAGUUUUGCCAAUUUAUUCUAGAUUUGCCGCCCGCGAGUUUUGAAGGAGGUGACUUGGCAGGGAUGCGUUAAUUCUGCAGUUUCACGCCGAAUCCUCCCAGCUUUGUAGACGCUCGCGCGGCGUCUGAAGGCUGCAACAUUGAGGAUUCCGGUACAGGGUACCUAAGAAGACUGGAAAUUCUUUGGCUCGUGAAUGCCAGACAUUGUGUUACUACUAAGCGCAGGACUUGGGCACGCUUUGUCUUCAGGUUCUGUUACCGCGCGGAUUGUCAGGUGGGACGAAGAAAGGAGGAUAAUUCUCGACCUUUCUUGAAAGUUUAGCGCACAAUAAGGCUGCAAAACUGAUGAUUGCCUCGCAACCAGGAAAGAAGUAGAUGCGGAUGAUUAAGCUGGUUUCGAUCUCUUACUCCUAGGUGACGGCAUCUGGCUCAAGCGGUUGAUGCAAUCUUCAACCCAGAUUCACAGUUCAUCCAUAGAGUUUUUGAUCACGCGUUCUCCUCAUUCAUCUCACUACUCAGCUCUUUCAAUUUCGUGACCGAGACGCCGAUUAGCCCUUUGUCAAGCCCAGACAAUCUUUCUUAAGGUGAAACCUCGGAAGUGAAAGCACUCCUGCAUCUGCUGCUAAAGGUUUAUAGACGUGAUCUGCAAUGGCUGUAGCGGCGUUCAAAUCAACAACGAAAAGAUCAUGUAAUAUAGGAGGAGGGAAUCCAGCCGAUGGAUCCUACAUGCCAUCUGAGCCGGACACACCGACCAGAGGACGUCACAGAAGGUCCCGUAGCUUCUCAGACUUCAGUUCUCGUUACUUUUCAGACUCUGGCUCGCUAGCAGAAUCGAGCUAUUCACACCUCGACUCCAUUUUCAACAAAGCGCGAGCUUCUACGCGUCAUCAGUCGAGUGACUCUGAGAGCGAUGCCGACUCGGUGUAUUCGCGCUACACUGCACGGAGUCGAAGUUCAGCAGUUUCUGAGUAUGGAGGUAGUGCUCGGUAUCGAGCCCAAACUGGGAACACCAAGGGGACUCGCCAGGGUGGACUGAGGCGAUCUAGUAGUAAUCUGACAGAGUCUUCACUCAGUGGACUGAGACGUUCUUCAAGUUCACGAGAUCUUUCUCGAGAUCACUCAGAUUCUCCUUUGGAACCUUACUACAGACGUGGAUACCGACAUGGGGACGAUCAAGCAUCCAGGGAUCAUCCAGAAGAAGAAAAGACUAUCAGGGCUGUACACACGCAGAAGAAGCGGCCAAGUCGCUCAUUAGACCUCUCAUGUAAUCCUACUUCGGAAGCGUGGUGGAGCUUCCAGAGCUGGGAACCAUCGGCGCGCGAGUUAGACGCGAUCACCCUGUACGACGCAAUGCGUGCCGAGAUGCGCAAGGCUGUGUCCGACAUCAGGAAUGAAAUUGAACAGAAGUCCAUGAGCAAGGAAGUGGUUGUUCCUAGUUCUCCAUUUCCAGGGGGCCUACAGAUAACCAUACCUGGGUCUUCAGCAGCAGACGGUGCCGAUUCUACAGUAGCUGAUAUUCGUCGAGAGUAUGCUGCUAAGCUUGAACAGUCUGAAAAGAGAGCACAGGAGCUUUGGAGUCAACUAGCCGUGGAGGAGCGCCGGUGCCUAGAUCUUGUGAAAGUAGUCAAAGAACUUGUUCCUGGUCAGCCUGCCUCUCGGUCGAAACCUCAACCCCGAGCUCCUCCUCCUCCUUCGAAGCCUUUCAUGGGUCCUGAUGUUGAGAAGCAGCUUGUGUCCAAGUCUUUGGACGAAGAUGCACAACGGUUUUUUGAGGAAUGCAUUUCAGGGCUGGACCCAAUGAGUGCCAAUGACACUUUGUCAACUAGCUUCGGAAAGAAGGAGAUGCAAAGCCCAACUUGGUCUUUAAAGGAUAUGAGCUUUAGUCCACAAAAGAGGGACAUGGUUCGCACCUCAGAGAAGAAGACUCUUGUGCUUGAACCUCUCAUUUCAUUCUGUGCUCAGAUUGAGCAGACUGGCAGAUGUACUGGCAAGUCUAAAACGACGUUCUUUCAGAAGACAAUUCUAAAUGAUGAUGGGCUUGUCUUACCUUGGCUUCAAUGGGAAACAGACCUCGAGUUCCUCCCUCAAGAGUAUCAUGUGAAAGACAAGGAUGAGGAGGAGGAUAUAAUUGCUACUUUUACAGCUGGCACGAGUAGGGCUUUGACCUCACCAACAUCUUCUGUCCGAAGAGAUUCCAGACAACGCUCUAAAGAAAAGCAAGACAGCCAAUCGCUAGACCUUUCUCUUGGAGUAUCUGGUCUAGGAUGUCUAUCAAACGGUGAAUCGAGUUGUUGGAAGUCCGUAGAUUUUGGCUACAUGAAAAAUGUUGCAGUGAGUUCGAUCUAUGAAAGAGGAAGAGAUGACGGACGUGUAGAUGUGGAGAAGUUUGUGUUGCAAAGAAUGUGGCUACGACAACGGAUCAAACAAGGCAGGAUACUUGUUUGUGGAGGGAUGCGAUGAUGACCCUUAGAAAGGGUCUCAAUUGUAAGUAUAGAGAUCACUGGCACUCACACAUGUAGAUGCGUAGACGUGGAUGCAUGAUCAAAAAUCUUUGAAGCUCAGUCAUGGCCUAGAUCAGUCUCAUUGUUGAGUAGAAGGUCGAAUGGCCAUGGUUUUGUGGGCAGGUUCCAUGAAGAGUGGUAGGUGUGCAUCAUUGGCCCUUCAGCAAAAAAAUCUUUGCGGCACUUGCUUAACUGUAAGAGAGAGAAUAGGUGUGAAUUAUCCAUUUCUAGUUGUAGAUUAGUUAAUGAAACCCUCCAUGCUUUCAAUGCUAUUGUAAUCUACUCAUUAUGCCACUUAAAGCUGCCAUUGUCGAGUUCUGCAUAGAAUAUGCAUUUCUCGAAUGGCAACAUUCCAUUUCCA